AUGUACCAUGUACAGUCCAUUCUCCAUAUAAAUAGAAAAGGGCCAAAUAAGUUCUUCCAUUCACUUGAGGCUCACUAGGACUUACUUGAAAAAUGUGACAUCAAUAUCUCUGACUUCCCUAGUGAAAUAAAAUACAAAUAUUGUAUAUUCAAUAGAAUUAUAUAAUAUUGACCCCAUCAAUACGCAGGUUAUGAAUGUCUGUCAUCACAGGAGCCUUGCCUCAAUGCUGACACGGGGCCAAGAAGCGGCCAUUGUGAGAUGCCCCGGAUAAUUCCUUCGGGCGCUAGGGAUUACCUGGAAAUGACAGCUAUGUGGAGUCUUACGGGAACCCAGGGCGUAUUCACCUCUGUGGUGAUGACACCUCAUGGUGUAAGGCCCUUAGCUCCAGAGCCUACAGACCAGGGGACCUACAGCCCCAGCCCACCCCAGGAGGCAGGGCCUUUCAUCGGGCUGUUGUCUGGGGGCUCCCUCCCUCCAUCCCUCUGGAUCUGACACUAGCACUUUGUGUAACUCUGUUAGUGUUGAGUGCUGGGAGAGUGCAGCAGGGGUUUCCCCAUUCUGUUUGCUUAAAGGAUUGAGUUAGUUAACCCCAGCACUCUGGAGUAGACUGUGACUCAUCAUCACAUUCCAAACGGGCUGUUGAGAGGAGUGCGUGAGGUACUGUUGUUGGCGCUGGUCAAAUGGCAAAAUGUUUUUGUUCAUCAAGUUGAUGACAAGCGUAUCUAAUAGCACGUGUAUUUCAUUGAAGUAAAAUGCCAAUCAAUAUUAUGGUCCUAACACAUGGUCAUAUUGUACAAACACAAAAAUACUUGUAAAAGCUCUACCAUACAAACAAAGGAAGAAUAGUGAAAUUAUCUUCAAAUAAUGAUGCUGCCAUAUAUUCACGACAAUGAAUUAGCAACAUUAUACAUUUUUAAAAUGACUCCGAAUUCUGAUUUGAUGUUUGUCCCUCAUUCUCAGGUUAUGUCCAGGAGUGUGCUGCCUGCAUGGCCUUGCUUUGCAUGCAUAAAAUCACAGGGCAGGUUCAGUCUGGACAACAUUUACAUCUCUUAACACAGCUGGGCCCGGCUCACCACUGGGCCAAAACAAACAAGGAAACGCAGAAGAACAACAAUCCCUAGGUUAAAUCACCACUAAAGAGGCCUUUUAGUGUUCAACAUCAAAACAACAAGGCUCCAUUUUGGACCUUUUCAAAUCAACUUGAGGUGUAACUUUAGAGCUGUAUUUGAAUGGUUGGAAGGAAAGACAGUUUGUUCAUUGGUCACAGGGUUUGAAAAGUACCUUAAUAGAACAUAUUGGACAGCUGUAGUGCGGAACUGAGAUGAUCAGAUUAAUUUAUUUACCGAAAUCUGGUUCAAUUGGAAUGAACUAAAAACAGAGAAUAUGCUUUUUAUAUGUUUUCGUAAUUUCAAUCGUUUACUGUCUUGUACAUGUUACUAAAAAGUCAGUGCUACUCUACAUCCAAUAUUUACAGCAACAACAACAACAAAAAAUCAUAAAUAUACACUUUUAAAAAUACUGCCAGUGGCAUUACAUACAUUUUAAAACACAUGAACAAUAAACCCUUAUCCAUUUUACUGAGGUGAGUCAGUCCCUGGUUGGGGGUGUGGCUCAGGUGUGCUGCAGAGGUGGUAGUCGAGACCUCAGGUAACUCACUGACACUCUCACACACACAACUGGAAGAACGUGUUUACAGUCACUGUAUUCUCUCAUCUCUACCUGACGAGACUAUCCUGGAUAUAUAGAAAACUGGGAAUGCAGACCAUCUUUAUUUGUUUGAACUGCUGUUUUUUUGGACUCGGGGACUGAGUUUUUGAGGAAUGUGAGUUUUUGAAGAAGGAAUGUUGAAACUUCCCUUUCUAGUAAAUAUUUUGUUGCUCUUCUCUCCCUGCGUCUUCUACUGUUCCUGUCGAUGACAUACUGCACUUUUGGACAACCUUAGAACGACCUAGACCAUUAACUUUGUAAGUUAGUCCGUUCUGUUUUUGGACAUUUACAAACUACCCUCAACCAUGCCGGUGGUCAAAGUGGAGAAAGACAGUCCUUCUGAGAUCUCCCUGCUUGCUCCCACCCCUCCUCAUACGACCACAACAGUAUCGGAUGAACCGUCAAGGGGCCGUCGCAGGAAGAGACCCCUCCAGCGAGGAAAGCCCCCCUACAGCUACAUCGCCCUCAUCUCCAUGGCGAUAGCCAACUCGCCCAACCAUAAGCUGACCCUGGGGGGCAUCUACAAGUUCAUCACGGAGCGGUUCCCCUUCUACCAAGACAACUCCAAGAAGUGGCAGAACUCCAUCCGCCACAACCUCACCCUCAACGACUGCUUCAUCAAGAUCCCUAGGGAGCCAGGAAGGCCCGGGAAGGGUAACUACUGGGCCCUGGACCCCAACGCAGAGGACAUGUUCGAUAGCGGCAGCUUCCUCCGGCGCAGGAAGAGGUUCAAGCGCUGUGACUUUACGACCUACACGUCAUAUGUACAUGAGUCCCCUGUCUUCUCGCCUGUCCAGAUCGCUCGCUCGACCUACUCCAGCUCCGUCUACGGCUCCAAUAUGGCGGUGAGUCCCCCGUACGGCCAGCAUGGUCAGCUACCCUCUGCCUACUACCCAUCCUCCUCGCCCCCCGGGUUUGGUCCUCACUGCCAGUCCCACUCCCGCAUGUUCAGCAUCAACACAAUCAUAGGGCACCCCUCUGGGGGUCAGGGGCCCGAGAUGAUGCAGCAGCCCAGCCGGAGCUUCAGUCCAGAGGGAGGCCCCGCUGGGGGCCCCAGCCACUGUAACCUCAGAGCCCCAGCCUUCCAGGCCCAGUCAUGUGGAGGGGCCAUGCUGUCCCGCUCCUCGGCCCAUGUGGGGUUUCCCUACUCGGGCCCCAAUGGACACCACCACCACCCACACCACCACCCACCUCAGGGCUCCUACAGCCAGGGACACAGCCAGGGGUAUGGAGGUUCAGGGCGCCUCCACUCCCACUCCUCACCCCACAUGGCUGGAGAUGCUGUGGAGCAUUAUGGGAGAGUGUCCCCGGGUCAGUUGGGCUCGUUGGUCCAGUAUAAUGGUGCAGGUACCACCAGCACUGGAGCCUACCUAAGACACCCCACGUACUCAGGGAACAUGGAUAGGUUCGUGUCUGCCAUCUGAGGAACUGUCUUCAAAGAAUUAUGCAUUGGGUUGGUUUUUAGGACAGAACAGUUUCAGUGGACUUUUCCGUUUCAGUUGGCGGCUGUGAGAGACACUGGUGAUAGUGGGAUGGCAUGACUCAAAAAGAAAAGACUAAAGGACAUAAGAUGAACAGGAUUCUUCCGUCAUGUUUUGGUGUGUUGUUUUGACUUGAAUCAAUGUGCAUGUUUUGAGAUAUAAAAUGUCAUUAAUUCAGUGGCUGUGACAAAUAUGAUAUGGACUGCAAUACAAUGUAAACACGCUCAAGUAUCAAGUGCAAUGCUCAGGACACUACAUUGUUAAAUAUACAUUGUUUAAAUCCAUAUCAUGAUGCACCAUAAUGUGUGUACAGUUGAGAUUUGAGUUUAAAGGUUAAAGUAUGUGUCUGGACUUGUAUCACUUUGUAGCUUCAUCGAGUGUAUCUCAAAAGCCUGAAUGAGGUUUUGCAGUUUGUUUUCUUUACUGUGGUGAAAAUCUGUUGUUGCAAAAGCUCAAUUUUCAUGAGUUGAAUGUGUGCAGGGUCUUUUUUUAUGUAAAUGUCUAAAUAUAUUUGUAAUGGAAUUUAAACUGUGUAAAUUAUUGUUUCAUUUUGUGCAUUUGAUAAAGAUUUUUUUGAAAAAAAUG